AUGCAAAAACCAUUGUUGCUUUUCUUUCUUUUCGUCGGCGUUGCUAAUGGCAACGACUCAUGUGACCGGAAGGAGAUGGAAGACACAAUCUGUAGUCUGUGCGGACAAAGGAAAGGAAGUCAACUAACUAGUGGAACAGGUAAACCAAUUGCGUUUUAUGCGUAUAUGUCCAGUAACAUUCCGGUGAAGACAUUGUCCAAACACAAAAUAUUCGUUUAUGAUCGCGUUGAGACGAACAUUGGCAACGGUUAUGACGUCAAGUCAGGAACGUUUACCGCUCCAGAGAACGGGGUUUACGUUAUUCACACAACUACUUUUUCUAACGAUAAAUCACACAGUGUUAUAGAAGUAGUAAAAAAUGGAGUCGUUAAAGACGUUGCAUAUGCUGACUCGGGUCAUCAUGAUGAUGUCGCCUCAACUUCUACAUUAACUAUUUUGAAUUUGAAGAAGGGAGAUGUACUAAACACCAGAGCUGGACCAGGAUAUGGAGGACAAUUACUAGUGAGCAACAAAUAUGCCCGAAUGAGUUUCUCUGGAUUUAAACUCAUGUGAAAUAAAUA